AUAGUGUCGCCCCCUGUCAGAUCUCUGUGUCAUCGCACAUGUAUGUUUUGUAGUUGUUUAACUAGAUGGCGCACCCCCCUUCUGUCAUGUGACAAGCUUGGACCAAUCGGGAGGUGCCAUCUAGCAGGUGAAGCCUUUAUAAGUAAUAAACAGCCGCAGGUCGGCGGAGUCUUCGUUCCGGUUUUCAUCGGGAGCAGUUAGCUCCGUGUCUCCUUCACUGCGCCGGCGCUAGCCGCGCGUUCGCCCGUCGGGGCCCCCCGCUUGCCUGCCGCUGCCGACACAACAUCUUUUGGCGACGAGGAUGGGAUUCCCGCAGCGGUUCCGACCGAAGCCCCGGGACACCAACGAGCUUCGCCCACCUCGAAGCGGCCGGCGGUGGCGACUGGACAGACGCGCGACGAGCGUCCGCGCUCGUCAGCGCUCUCGGGCGUGAGGGACAACGGAAGUACUUUGCAGACGAGGAGCAGGAAGCAGCAAGGCAGUUAACCAGCGCAGCGUCAGCUUCAAGCGAAGCAGCAAGGCAGUCGACCGGCGCAGCGUCAACGUCAAGUGAUGCGGUCCCGCCAGCGUCAGAGUUUCCGAGACUCUUGCAGCGGCUUGACCGGCUGUUCGCCGCGUCAACAAAUGUCCUGGCGGAACGGCACGAAUUCACCAGUCGAAAGCAGUUCGAGGGAGAAGGAUUCCUGGAAUUCGUGACCGCAUUGAAGGAGAAGGCGGUACAGUGCAACUUCGGCACAGCCUACAACGAGCGCGUCCGAGACCAGAUAAUACAUGGCGUAGCGAACGUCAACGUUCGCGAAAAGUUGCUGGCUCAUGGCGAAACCCUGUCCCUGGACAAGGCAGAAGAAAUUGGACGCUCGUUAGAAGCCUUGCAUCGAGCGAACCGCGCGUUCGGCUCUGAAAAUGUUCGAAGAAUUGAAGCAUCCCAGCUUGGCGUUCCGUCGACAGGUCAAGAUGGCCGACUUCUUCCGGGGAGCCGCCAAGAUGGCCGACGUAGUCCGGGAAGCCGCCAAGAGGGCCGACUUCUUCCGGGAAGCCGCCAAGAGGGCCGACUUCUUCCGAGAGGCCGCCGAGACCACGGCCUUCUUCCGAGAGGCCGCCGAGACGACGGACAUUUCGCACAUGGCUCCUCCGGGAACCGUGGUGCAUGCGACCGGUGUGGCAGCGCGAAGCAUAUUGCAACGUACAGGAAUUGUCCAGCAAGGAACCGGCGGUGCAACGCCUGCCACACGUUGGGCCAUUUUGCAUCGGUAUGCCGAAAAACCCGUACUGUUCAACACGUCUCUUCCGCAGAGACGCUGUCUUCAACUUCCGCAGGGCAGCCGUCCGCGUCUGUCUUGACGGUAAGCGCUUUCGAAACUAAAAAAGAUUUGGAAGUUCCGGUCGUAGUGAACGGCGUCUCCAUGCGACUGCCGGUGGAUACGGGAGCGUCUGUCUCAAUGAUGACUGUUGAAGAUUUUGGAAAGCACUUUGGUCGACAGCACAGACUGUCACAAACAGUGGACUUGAAAAAUUUCUCCAAUCAAUGCAUCGACAUUCAAGGCCUGUUUCAAGCCACUGUCCAGUUUUUCCAAAAGUCAUGCUCCGUCAUGUUCCACGUAACGACUACAGGAACAUCACUGCUGGGUUUAGAUGCCAUCCAACGCUUGGGCAUACAGAUCGACGGUACGUCGCUGACAUGCCGUCUACCAUCGCUUCCUCCAGUACAGAGCCCCACAGGUGUGCCUCCGGGUUUUGAUCACCUUUCCAGUGACGAGUUGGGCCUCGUCAACAACUUUGUGCACCGAAUUCAUCGGCAGCAAGAUGCGAAACCAGUAUCUUCAAGGUUGCGCCGACUACCCCUGGCUCUCCGUGACCAGGUCAUACAUGAAUUGCGACGUCUCGAGGACUGCGAUGUCAUCGAGAGCGUCGAGGCUACUGAGUGGGUGUCUCCACUCGUGGUGGUGCGCAAGAAGGAUGGAACCAUGCGGCUCUGUGUAGAUCUACGGGAACAGGACAGUCUUGUGUCUCAAGUUCAAGAAAGGGUCUUGCAGAAACAGUGGCGGACUAAACAGUACGUAGACAAACGUAGAGGUGCUCAGGCAACUCGUAUCAAGGUGGGAGACACCGUCAGAAUAAGAUUUAACAGGAAAGGAUUUUUUAAGUACAGUAAACCUCGUAAAGUCAAGGCCCAGAUAGGACAAUCUACUUUUCUACUCAGUGAUGGGCAAACGUGGCAUGUGUCUAAGUUAACCGUAGUGAUGAAGGAUCCAGCGGGUAGUACAUUGUGUACAAGUGGUAAAGAUUUUUUGUACUCGUAUUCAAACCUGGAUAGUCAUUCCAAUGACUCGUCUGUAGUGACAUCGUCCUUUCAUAGGCAUCAGUUAAGUAGUUCGUCUGGCUGUAUCACUUCCGAGUCUGCACAGUCAGCAGUCGUCUCUGAUUCCGUGGAGGAAUCAGCAGCCUCCCAGGACUUGUUGGGACUUCGAGAGGAGCCUCCUGGGCAACCCUCUCCAGCUUUGAGCGAUAACCACAUUCAAUUGUCCAACCAGGGGGAGGUAAAUAGUAGUGGGACGACUGGGUCUUUAAAGUCGACCGAUACGCGUCGCAACCCCCAAAGUUCUUCUGAGGUACGCACGCGUCCUCAUCGUGACAGAAAACGGCCUCCGUGGCUCGAUGAUUUUGUUUAUGUAGUGUAGAACGUAUUUCAGUCUUUAAAUGCCACGGCUAGGGGCCUUGUUGAGACAGUCCACAUGUUUCAUUAACACAGGUAUAAAAAGUGCUCCUUGUUGCGGUGCAGUGAGUUUUGUGCAGUGUUCCUUGUCAGACUUUGUUUGAGUGACUGCCUGUGUUUUGGUGCCCAAGACUGGUGCAUGUGUAUGUGAACUUGGGCGGGGAUGGAUUGAAUCUGUUGUGGACUUAAGUGCGUGCUUUGUGUGCAUCUGGUGCACGCGUGUGUGACCGUGGGGGGUAACGAACUGAAAUUGCCUUUGGACUUAAGUGCGCGUCAUGUGUGCGCGUUUCAUUGUAUGCUUGCUUUGUUUCCAGGGGGGGAUGAUGUAGUAUAGUGUCGCCCCCUGUCAGAUCUCUGUGUCAUCGCACAUGUAUGUUUUGUAGUUGUUUAACUAGAUGGCGCACCCCCCUUCUGUCAUGUGACAAGCUUGGACCAAUCGGGAGGUGCCAUCUAGCAGGUGAAGCCUUUAUAAGUAAUAAACAGCCGCAGGUCGGCGGAGUCUUCGUUCCGGUUUUCA